AUUCUUUUUGCAUCGAUAUGACGACAGCUGCUCGUCCAACGUUUGAACCGGCUCGUGGCGGGCAGGCAAAAGGCGAAGGUGGCCUAUCCGAUUUGUCCGCUCUGUCGAAACACUAUUCGAGUAGAGAUUUGCCCGGACAGCUCAAGUUGAAGACGAGAGAACGCGGGCAGGGCACGGUCGAAGAACUGAGGUCACGUGACUUCCGACGUCAUCUUGAGGAGAGAGAAAGAGCAGCAGCUCGCGAGCGAACGAAGGACAGUGGAAAAGUAGCAGUAGAGUCUAGUGCCUCCAAGAGACCAAGAAUCGAACCAUCACAGACGACUGGAAAUGAGGACGCUGAUGAUUUAGACGAUGAUGAAGAUGAAGACGAAUCCGGAGAUAGUGACGACGACACAGCAGAACUGCUACGAGAACUACAGAAAAUAAAGAACGAAAGAGCCGAAGAGGAGGCUAGAAAAGAAAGAGAGAAGAAAGAAGAAGACGAACAGAUACGAACAGAAAACAUCAUGAGAGGUAAUCCGCUCCUCAAUCCACAGACUUCGGGAAGUUUUAAAGUUAAGCAGAGAUGGGAUGACGAUGUUGUAUUCAAGAACUGUGCAAAGGGAUUGGACGAUAAACCUGUCCAAAAGCAUUUCAUCAAUGACAUGCUUCGGUCGGAGUUUCACAAAAAAUUUAUGGAAAAAUACAUCAAGUAGCCGAACAUAAGUUGGACUGGUCUUGUUGAUAUUAGACUGCGUAGAGAUAAUUUGUAUCAAACACUUGUUCAUUGCGCAGUUAUCUGCUGUAACAGAUUAUAAGACCCAUAGACCGUGGUGUCUUCUGAAA